AUGACAGCCCACGUCAGCUUCUCGGCGGAUUUCGUUCUCGAUGGUAGGAGGAAGGCCAUACCAAAAGGAUAUAAAUAUCCCGAUACCCUCCUGUCUUGCUGUGGACAAAGACUGCUGGCAAAAAGCAAAGACAACAUCAUCAACGAAAUAAUGGCUACUUCUCCACUCCGUGAGCAUAUUCGCACCUUCAAGCAGUGGCUCGCUGAAAUGAAUGAAGAUCCACAAGGUCCAUUCUCCAAGAACAAAAAAAUCGAAGAAAUGAGUCCCUCGGAAUUGGAGCAGGAGAGUCGCUUCCUGGAGUCAAGACUUCGUUCAAUCUAUACCGAGAAAUUGAUAGCGAAUAAUCGAUGGGAGAUGGGUAUGGAAGACUUUCGACUUUAUGCGCUGAGAAACAAAGCGUCCGGCCUGCUUUCCACUGGAUUCACAAUUGGUGACGGACCCUCCAGUGAAGAGGUUAUGCGCAAGAGGCUGAACCGAUAA